AUGUCGUCCUGCAGCCGCGUGGCCCUGGUGACCGGGGCCAACAAGGGCAUCGGGCUCGCCAUCACGCGUGAGCUGUGCCGGAAGUUCUCCGGGGACGUGGUGCUCACGGCGCGGGACGAGGCUCGGGGCCGGGCCGCGGUGCAGCAGCUGCAGGCCGAGGGCCUGAGCCCGCGCUUCCACCCGCUGGACAUCGACGACCUGCGGAGCAUCCGCGCGCUGCGAGACUUCCUGCGCACGGAGUACGGGGGACUCAACGUGCUGGUCAACAACGCGGGCAUCGCCUUCUGGCCUAACAAUCAACCACCUUUUCAUAUUCAAGCAAAAAUGACAAUGAAAACAAACUUUUUCGGUACCCGAAAUGUCUAUUUAGAGUUGUUGCCUCUAAUAAAACCCCAAGGCAGAGUGGUGAACGUGUCAAGCAUGGCCAGUCUUUUGGGCCUUGAAGCAUGCAGCCUGGAGCUGCAGAAGAAGUUUCGAAGUGAGACCAUCACAGAGGACGAGCUGGUGGGGCUCAUGAACAAGUUCGUAGAAGACACAAAGGAUGGUAUGCACAUACAAAAAGGCUGGGUCAAUUCUAGAUACACGGUCACAAAGAUCGGGGUGACCGUCCUAUCCAGAAUUCAUGCCAGGAAACUCAACGAGCAGAGGAGAGGAGACAAGAUCCUCCUGAACGCCUGUUGCCCAGGGUGGGUGAGAACCGACAUGGCAGGACCAAGAGCCUCCAAAAGCCCAGAGGAAGGAGCCGAGACCCCCGUGUACUUGGCCCUCCUGCCGCCAGAUGCAGAGGGGCCUCACGGGCAGUUCGUGAUGGAGAAGAAAGUUGAGCAAUGGUGAGCAGUCAGCGCAC